AUGCCAAAACUUUUGGCAAAUUCUGUCGAAGAGUGGUAUAAGCCCCUGAUCAAGGCCUCCGUUGAACUCUGGAGUGACAAGUUUGCGCCCUUGGAACUUAACCUCCCUCUCGGCCUGUGUGACCAACCUCGCCGGCUCCAGCAACAACUACGAACCUUUCUUGGUCAUUCUGUGUGUCCCACCAUAUUAGUCUUCGUUUUGAGUAAAUCACACUCCGCAUCUUCUGGUUCCACCUGCGACUUCAACAACGCAACAUUGAAUCGUCUCUUUCCGCCCUGCUUGAAAGAAGAGCUGCAAAUCGCGCACAUUGACUUCAACCCGGUUGCAGCUUCGAUAAUGACUAGGGCGCUAACUCGCGUUGCAACAUUAGCUUCAGCGGAGUUUCAGUUUCCCGCUCCUCCUAGACAGUUCAUACAGGGGCUCGCAGCCUCAAGUGCUGGUGACCUUAGACUGGCACUGAAUAAUCUUCAAUUCCUUAUGACACGAGGCGUCACAAAGAAUGGAAACUUUGCUUUCAUCUCAAGUGGUCCUAGUCUGGAGUCGUGCGAACGGGAUUCCGGUCUUCAGCUCUUCCAUGCUCUGGGAAAGAUCCUUUACGCCAAACGCCUCGAUGAUAGCCCAUCCCCUGAGAAAUCCUUCCUGCCCGAACACUUGCACCACUGGAAGAGGCCUCCGCUUUCAUUCAUUCCUGAGGUACUGUUCGUUUCCUUUUGGCCUGCCGUACUCUCUACCUAG